AUGGGGAAGGACAAGUCGAAGGCAGCCGCUAAGAAGAGCCAGCCUGCCUCAACACCUCCAGCGGCUACAGCGAAACCGCCAAGUUGGCCGCCUUUCAGGCCAGCCCUGCCAGUCACCCAGCUCGAGUUCGACGCGCCCGUGCCAGGUUUCCAGGACCAGAUCGUUCUGCUGCAUAACUUCUUCCCAAAGAGCUUAUGCCGGGAUUAUGUCACCUUUCUGAAGGACCUGCCGUUGACGACCACACCAGGGCGUCCAAAGCGCGGAGAAGCCACUAGAGUGAAUGACCGCUUUCAGAUCCAUGAUCCGGCCUUUUCACAGAGGCUCUGGCUGCAGACUGGGCUCAAGGAAGCCGUCUUGGAAGAAUCAGUCAAGCAUCUAUGGUGA